GAUAUUUUUUAUUAAUUGAUAAAAAAAUAUAUUUUUCAAGUAUUUUUUAAUAUAAAUAUAUUUGAUUUGAUUUGAUUUUGUUGAACACUUUGGUGUGGCGCCUUGUUGGUAGGAUGGAGAAGAGAACCAAUCCCCGGCGUAGAAACGAGGUCAAACUGCGGUUGAAUCAGUUCCUCCAGAGGCGGGGCCAAUCGGAGAAGCAAUGGACAAAGUACAUGACGUUUCAGAUUCAGAAUUAUGAGGUGAGAAUCCAUCAAGUUUUGAUCUUGGUGAAGUUCUUGUUCUUCAGCCUCCCAGUUGGUAAACAGAUUGAAAAAGAACAAUUUAUCUUGAAGACAGACUUGAACCAUGACUAGUUUUUGCUUUUUCAAGAUUCUGACUGACCAUUCACUGACACAAAUGCGACUUCCACAAAAGUUUGUGAGGCUGCACAGAGAGACAUUGGCAAGUUCUGUCUCUGUUGUACUUCCAUGUAGUCAUACAUGGAAGUUAGGUUUGGUUGUUGAAGAUGACAAGUUAUACCUAAAAGAAGGUUGGCCGGAAUUGGUGAAGCAUUAUCAGCUUGCAUAUGGACAUUUGCUCGAUUUCACCUAUGUAGGCAACUCGAAUUUUAAUAUUGCUAUAUAUGACAAGACCACUUGUGAAAUUGAUUACUCUCCUUUCUCUUCACCAAAUUUCACAAAUGAGGAGUCUGAUUCAGAAAAUGAAGACAUGCCCAAGAAGUGUGAAGCUGAAGAUCAGUUAUGGAUGAAAGGGAAUAGGAGGAGGAAUCAAGGACCAUAUAACACUUACAGACAUAGCAAAGCUGUCAUAGAAGCUCGCCGUUUUUAUUCAGAGUAUCCCCAUUUCUACAGAGUUAUAAGGACCGACAAACACAACCGUUAUAAGCAGCAACUUCCUAAAAAAUUCAUUGAGAGUCAUGUUGGAGUAAAAAGUGAGGCAGUAACACUUAAAGUGGGAAGCAAAGAAUGGAGUGUGAAUAUUGUAAGUUGCAAUUGUAUAUGCUGUUUCAGUGGAGGAUGGUUCAACUUUCUGGCUGCCAACUCCUUAUGCUCAGGGGAUGUUUGUGUUUUUGAGGUUAUAACCAAGAAGCCACCACUACUUCAAGUCUCAAUUAUAAGAAAUGAUGAUUGAAUUUGAUGUUUACUUAUUAGUCAUGCUUAUUCUUUAUUUUCUAUUAUGAACAUGACAUUGCUAAUUUGCUAUUAACUACUUCCAAUUAACUAAAAAUCUCUAGAACAGGACUUUCAAUUUUAA